UUGGUUUUGUGUGAUUGCUGUUGAUCAAGUUAUCACAAUAUAGAAACACAAAGAAUGUGGGCUGUGCACAAAAAGUUUAGGUUUUAUGUUAGUUAAAAAUAAAAUCUUGGUUUAAAAUGUCCUUCUUUUGUUUUAGUGCAGCUGAUAAUCAGCUUUGACAUUUACAUUUCUCAGUUUCACUGCAUGGCCCCUCGCACCGGAAACAACAGCAACAGCAAACAUGAGCAGGAAGUGGUCUGCAGCACAUAGUCAUGUCAGGUCCUUUCAGGUCCGUUGCACCUUUCAUCUACAUGCUCAAUGUGUAGAGUGAAGGUGUAAAGCAAGAGAAUUAUUUGAAUGUAAUCUUUGGCAUGAUCACCAUUAGAAGAAAAUAGUAUUGGUAAAAGUUUGGCUGUUUUUCAUAUGGAAGUGAAAGACACUAAAGGAUUUCCUGAAUUAACUAAGCAGAUUCUGGUGGUCUUGUGAUUUUGUCCUGUGACACUCUGAGAAGUUGCCACAUUAUCACCAUACAGCUGUUCACACUGUGCCAGAUGCUGACGAUGAGUGCUGACAGGUGGAUUCUCCUCUUAGCCCUGUGCUUCACACGUGCGGAUUCAAAUGAUGAGCACUUAUACGAAGAUUAUCAUGAGGAUAAUCAGUGUGAAACACAGAAACUCAAGGCUCCUCUUGGCUCGUCUGUGUUCCUACCGUGCAGCUUAUCAACAAGUAGCCAAAACUGGGUGACAUGGACCCAGGGUGGCAAGGCAGAGCUGGCAAAGCUCUCCUUUGAAGGGCGCGUCAAGUUCCUGGACCCCAGACAUGGCAGAGUGAAAGCUUUUCCAAACCAGGUCUCAGAGGGAAAUUUCUCCAUCCGCAUCGAUGAGCUGAACAACUCUGACCUGGGCAGCUAUCGCUGUAUACAGGGAGAUUACUGUCAAAAAGUGGAGUUGCUUGCUGACAGUACCCUGAGCACAGAGAUGUUGCUACUGAUUUCCAUUAGUGCUGGGGUGGCUGCGCUCAUCCUGCUAAGUGUUGCUGGAUAUUUCUGCUGCAAGAAAUGUGUCGUGCCCUGCCACAACAAAACCCAAGACAAUGCAAACAAUCCUGUCAAUGCAGGUAUUGAGGGUGCCAGUGCUCCCCCUGCUCCUCCAGCAGCAGUACAUGGACAGCAGAUUGGACCAGACAAUAACAGUCUUGUUUAUGAAAACGAUGAUCAGUACUUUGCCAGCGCUGCCCCCGCCAGACACCACGGUGGUCACCCUGGAGCUAUGCAGAAUCAGCCCAGUCAAGCACCCAGUGGGAUUUACCCAAACCUGAGCGAGUUUAAGAUGGAAAGAGUGGAAAGUCAGAGAACAAGAAUGAGAUUUCACAUAGAACUCAUCAACAGAUUACGGCAUGCAAGUCUUAGUCGACAUUAUUACGUUAAUCAAGGUGAACUCAGGAAGCAACAAGCCAUGUCGACACAGGCCGAGAAUCAUCACAGAGCAGGUGUCGGGAAGAAGAAAGCCAAAGAAGACGGUGAAUACAAAAACCCGAUUUACAACAGGAGCACUGACCAGCUCAACCAUCUGUAGAGAAUCAAGGACAAAGAACAUCCUCUGACAAAGACCGCUAUUGACUAUUCAUUUUCUAUUUCUAUUACUUUUGCUUCUGUAUUUUUAAAAAAGUGAUAUGUGUUUUAUUGUAGUUGUAGUAUGAAUUCACUGUACCUCACUGCUUUUGCUGCACAUCCAUGACUGCUGUUUCAUAAAGUACAUUAAAUCAAUAUCUCACUUACAAA